AUGAAGAUGGAGGCGGCGGACAGAACAGAAGAACUCCUCCCCUCAGAAGUCCCACCCCAACUCGCCGAGAAGCCGGAGCCAGCGCUGGGGGAAGAGGGAUCUAUAGAACUGGACCUGCCUGCCCCGAAGGAGAGCCGGGCGCCCGGCGAGGAUUCCACCGUGCUCGCCUCCAUGCCUUGCUUGCUGAUGGAGCUGAGGCGGGACUCGUCCGAAUCUCAGCUGGCCUCGACGGAAAGCGACAAGCCGACGGCCGGCCGCGUCUACGAGAGUGACUCUUCGAACCACUGCAUGCUGUCCCCUUCGUCCAGCGGCCACCUGGCCGACUCCGACACGCUCUCCUCGGCCGAAGAGGCCGCCCCCGGCCAAGCCGAGACGGCGGCGGUCGAGGGGGACCCCUCCGCCGUCUCCCUGUCGACCCCGGGGAGGAAAUCCAGGCGGUCCCGGUCGGAAAGCGAAACCUCCUCCACCAUGGCCGCCAAGAAAAACCGGCAGUCGAGCGACAAGCAGAAUGGCCGGGUGGCGAAGGUCAAAGGUCACCGGAGCCAAAAGCACAAGGAGCGCAUCCGGCUGCUGCGGCAGAAGCGGGAGGCCGCCGCCCGCAAGAAGUACAACCUGCUGCAGGACAGCAGUACCAGCGACAGCGACCUCACCUGCGACUCCAGCACCAGCUCCUCGGAGGACGACGACGAAGAAGUCUCGGGGAGCAGCAAGACAAUCACGGCAGAGAUACCAGAUGGACCUCCGGUCGUGCCCCACUACGACAUCUCAGACACAAACUCGGACCCCGAAGUGGUGAACGUGGACAAUCUUUUAGCAGCCGCAGCCGUUCAAGAGCACAACAGUUCGGUCGUUAACCAGGACGCGGAGCCAACGUGGAGGUCCAGGGGUCUUCUAGAAGAGCUGAAUGCUGAGACAAGUGGGUAGAACGCAUUGCACGGGUCUUGCUGGGAUCAUAAGUAUCACGAUUAUAAGCAUUAUAAUAGUAUAAGUAUCAGUACCGCUUUAUCA